AUGAAAAACUUUAUUGACACCAUCAACUAUUGUGGCCUAAGAGAUUUGGGGUUCAUUGGACCAAAGUUUAUGUGGAUUUACCAGUGUGCGGAUGGCAUGCAGAUUAGGGAACGGCUGGACAGAGCAAUGGCAACUUCGGAAUGGAUAGACUUAUUUCCUGCGGCCAACCUAUAUCACCUUACUUCAUCAGUUUCGGAUCAUUCACCAUUGGUUCUGUUCAUGACCAGAACUAAGAGGAGGAAUAUGAAAACCAAGAAGCCAUUUAAGUUCGAAGCAAUGUGGUUGAGAGAUCGACGAUGUGAAGAGAUAGUACAUGAGGCAUGGGAGGAGGGGAAGGUGACAAAUAUAGAGAAUUUGCUAGGGAGUUGCUUAGAGAAGAGCCGGGUCAGAUUAGAGAGCUGGAAUAAAACAGAAUUCGGUCACGUGGGAAGGAAGGUCACUGAACUCCAAAAAAGGCUUGAAUGGCUAGAGCUUCAACCUUCAUCACCUGAUAUCAACUGUGAGCUGAUGAGCACCCGUGUUGAACUAAACCGCUAG